UUCCCGGUGUGGUCGCGUGUGAUGGCUGCCGCCACUCCUCAGCAGGAUCCCGCCUCCCUCAGUGCGCGGCACAGCGGGCCGGGCGCUGUGGUGAAAGAGCGCGCUGAGGCGUUCAGGGGCUGCUGGCGAGGGAGGUUAAAAUGUGUGUUUUAAUUAAAAAAAAAAAAAAAAUCACUGCGCAACGCCAGGGGCUAGAAAGGAGUCUGGAUCCGUGUCGGCGCUAGGAAGUGACGGAUGGGGCCGCUGGCUCCGCCUGCCGUCCGGAAAGCAUUAACUUGGAGUUGUGCUGCGGGUUGGGUAAAACCGAUGGGAGAGUACCUGGCAGGGCACAGCCUGCAGCUAAACAGGUGCACACGACAAUGCAGAUUCCAGUUAUUACGGUUGAUGCAUUUACAAACCGACCCUUUUCUGGAAAUCCUGCGGCAGUUUGUCUGCUUGAAAAUGACCUGGAUGAAGAUUUGCUCCAAAAAAUUGCAACAGAAAUGAACCUUUCAGAAACAGCUUUCAUCAGAAAACUGAAACCUGGAGAUGACUUUAGCAAAAGUUCCUGCUUUGGGCUCAGAUGGUUCACCCCGGCCAACGAAGUUCCUCUCUGUGGUCAUGCUACUCUUGCAUCAGCUGCUGUGUUAUUUCAUGUACAAAAAAAUACAAAUUCAGUUCUCACAUUUGUGACGCUGAGUGGGGAAUUAAAGGCCAGACACGUGAAAGAUCAUAUUGUCCUGGACUUGCCACUUUACACAGCCUACCCCCAGGAACUUAAGGAAGUAGAAGAAUUAAUAAAGGCAGCUGUUGGUGACAUGAUUGUUCAAGAUGUGCGUUAUUCUCCUGACACAAGGAAACUCUUAGUCCGCCUCAGUGAUACUUAUGAAAGGUCUGUGUUGGAAAACUUGAAAGUGAGUGCACAACACUUUUUAUCAGCUGAAAAGACAGGAAAAGUGAAAGGACUCAUACUCACUGUUAAGGGAAAUUCCAGUGGAAAGGGCCAUGAUUUUUACUCCAGAUAUUUUUCACCUUGGUAUGGAAUUCUGGAAGACCCUGUUACAGGAUCUGCUCAUGCUGUUUUAAGCAGCUACUGGUCAGAGCAGCUGGGGAAGAAAGAAAUGCUUGCUUUUCAAUGUUCCCGCCGUGGAGGAGAGUUGAAGAUUUCUGUGCGCAGUGAUGGAAGAAUUGACAUUGCAGGGCAAACUGCUAUUGUACUAAAAGGAAACCUGACUUUCUGAAAGAAAUGGCACUAAUCUCCCUCUUCUCUCACUAAUCACUAAUGACUAAGUUUUAUGUUACUCUGAUUAUGUUAAUUUUAUUUCAGCUCUAGGCAGUGAAUUACUACUGUUCUCAAAAGUCUUUGGUUACUCAUUGGCCAUUUAAAAAAUUGCUUGAAAGUACUCACUUCUGAUCUUCAAGAUCCUUGGUAUUCUUCACUUCCAUCUUGCCACUUCCUAUGUACACUGACCAAUGAAAAUGUUCAACUACAGCUAUCUUGUUUUUCUGCUUUUAAAAUAUUCUUCUCUCUGUUUCCAAACUCCAUGUUAAAAUUCCUUGCUGCUUCCUGGAUUAAACUGUAAGCAUCUGUUUGAUAAUCAAGCUUUUCCCAUACAGAUAAUUUUUCAUGAAAUCUGAACUAAUUUUUUAAAAAAAUUAUAUUUUUCAGCUAUAUAUGGAAAUGCUGGCCAUGUUCAUUAACUUACUUGAAUUAAAAUAUAUAAAAAUGUAAAUGG